CAUUCAGUAUGAAGUAACUGUUUUGCGUUUGUGCGCUUCGUGAACUCUUCGUGUUUAUUUUGUAAACGGUCACAAUUUUAAAUUCACGGUAGAGUGACAACAAUAGGCUAGCAGUUUUUGUGUUCUCAACAACACUCCGUUGAAAAUAAGGUUACUUCCGCGUUUGGUUAAUUACAAUUUCCUAUUUAUUAGAUUUAUGGAAGGCCAGAUGAAAUGGACAGUCUGCAUGUCUCCAUGAAUCAGCAGACUGGUAGCAAAACGUCAAGCCGAAGCACCUCACCCUGUCGACCACGCGCCGACCAUCAUCAGCACCACCACACCAAAACGCUAAGUCACGGAUCUGCCGAUAGUACUAAGUCUCACGAUGGCGUAGGACAUCGUUCUUCCACACGUCACCGGUCCCCAACGUCGUACAGAGCGGAAAUGGACGAUUCCGCCCACGUGGUGCAGGACGACUCGGUGACGGCCGGCGAAGGGGAUGAGUCCGAUUUGGGUCUUGCUUCCUCGUUUUUGUCAAACGGCAGCUCGGAGCACGUGCUACAAUAUGACGAGACGGAUGGUGCUCCGAACACGCGGACCAGCGCCGCCAUCGAACAUUUAAACAGCAAAAUCAAACGUACAAAGGACUGCAUUCGUCUUGAGCAAAUGUUCAGAGACGAGAACGUCAACGAGUACCUUCAACUGGCAGCAAACGCAGACAAGCAACAGUUACAAAGAAUAAAGGCAGUCUUCGAAAAGAAAAACCAAAAAAGCGCCCACAUAAUCUCGCAGUACCAGAAGAAGCUGGACACGUACCAAAAGCGCAUGCGCGAAUUCGAAACGCACGGCGUCGCGCAGACGCACAGGCCCCCGCGAGAGGUGCUGCGCGACAUGGGACAGGGACUCAAAAACGUCGGCGGAAACAUCCGCGACGGAAUCACCGGCUUCAGCGGCUCCGUCAUGUCGAAACCGCGCGAGUUCGCCCACCUCAUCAAGAACAAAUUCGGGAGCGCCGAUAACAUUAAUCAGCUGUCGACAUGGUACAUAGGGCCCGGUGCGACCGGAUCGGACGGUGGCGCCCCUAGCGGCGGCAGUGACAACGCCGAGAAAUCCCACCACGGCUCGGCGACGCUUCCGGCCAAUCUCCACGCCGGCGCCUCGCAACCGUCGAUGAACCAGACGGUACCCAAUAAGUUCCCGAGCGACGAGGGGAGCGAGUGCAGUAGUGUGACUAGUGAGAGUUUGGAACAGUAUCACUCGCGUACUCAGGAGACGGGCGGUCAGGGUGUGCACUUUAAUUUAAAGACAAUUUAUUCGCAACUGCAAAGUCGGCAGGAGGAAAUCGAUCGACUAAAGGAGAAGGUGGAGGGCGCGAAGAUGCUGCAGCAGGACGUCCAAUUUUUGAGCGCCGCACUGCAGGAGGAGCGGUUUCGAACCGAACGGCUCGAGGAACAAAUCAACGAUCUAACCGAACUGCACCAAAACGAGGUGGAGAAUCUUAAACAGGCGAUGGCCGACAUGGAGGAGAAAGUGCAAUAUCAGAGCGAGGAGCGUCUGAGGGACAUUCACGAAAUGCUGGAGCAUUGCCAGACCAAGAUACAAAAAAUGGAACACCAAGCGGCCCAACAACAGCAGUACGUCACUCUGGAGGGCCUCGAUAACUCAAACGCGCGUGCGCUCGUCGUCAAACUCAUAAACGUCCUGUUAACCGUACUGCAAGUCGUGCUUCUCUUGGUCGCGACGGGCGCCGGUAUCAUUAUGCCUUUCCUACGUACAAGAGUUAGAAUCCUUACGACUGUCUCAAUCGGCCUCGGCGCGCUAUUCAUACUGAAACAGUGGCCUGAAGUGCAGGACAUCGGAUCGCAUGUGAUGAAACGACUCAAGGACACGCUGGACCCGGUGAAAUAGCGUCCGGCCUGUUCGUUUUAGAUGAAUUUUAAAAUGUAGCUUAAAGUCCUUCCUGUGUAAGUCUGUGAGUUUCUUUCGAAUUAACCACACAACACGAAAACGCCCGACUGAUUUUAUCGGUAGAAUUGUGUUCGCGGUAAAGAUUUGCUCUAAAAACAGACCAAUUUUUUAUUAUAUUUUUCUGUUAUAAUUGUACGGGGGGAGUAAAGGCCACCCUCCCGUCGAGAA